GUCACGUCUCUCAGCAACCUUCUUUAGGCCCGACAAGUUGUGUACGUCAGGCUAGCCUCCUAUAUUUUUCAUGCCCGCGCAAUGGUGCCGCGGACACGGUCCAUUGCCCUCUCCUUUCCUCCUCGAUUUACGCCUCGGCUCUCCGCGAGAGGCGCUCGCACCCCAUACUUGCUAUAAUGCUUGCCCUCACAUGCCAGACCGAGCUACGCGUCGAGGCCCAUCGAAGCACCCUAAUCGAUCCGUCAAGCAAGAGUUGUGCGAUUUCCGUCGUGUUGGUUGCAGGUAAGCGUAUGCGUUUUGCAAGAGCAGCAUGUUUAUAUAUAUAUUUUCUUGAAAUAUCAGGGAUGCAUGACCGAACUUGUAAGCAGUGUACACAAAUGAAGCGACCGUUUGUUUACUAGAUUUUCCGCGACCACGUGUUAGUUGUUGGCGUCGUUGCAACGUGUAUUGCUUUACUAGUAUAAGAUCAGUGAUUUACGAUGCACAGUUCUUAUCGUUUCCUUGCGUUACUUUCUUUUUUAUACCCAAUCAGUUCUCUAUCUGCAGUGUGGAAUCGGUUGUGGUGUCCUGCGCCCGACAAGAUGCCGUACUGCUGUGUGCCACGCUGCAAGUCAUCCAGUAAACAACGGACGCCGGGCAUAUCGUUCCACGAAAUACCAAGCGAUCCGGAACUGUGCGCAAAAUGGCUGAAAGUCAUUUCUCGUGAAAACUGGGUACCGAAUACGACGUCCUGCUGUUCGACUGUAUGCAGCCGACACUUCAGUUCCUCUGACUUCAAGGAAGGUUGCGAAAUUCGGAAGCUUAAGAAAGACGCUAUUCCCAGCAUUUUCGAAGAAUAUCCGGCGUACUUGCAGCCUCCUAAAAAAAGAGACAGAAGCUACGCGUCAGUGAAAAAGCGCGAGGCUGCUGCGCUAGCCAACCCACCACCGCCGAAGCGACGAGCAGUCAUUGAUGACAACCAAAUGGAGUCGUGUCCGCAUCCGCUCUACGAAUUGCCGGUUGUCGACGUCGUCUUUGAAGAUUUGUCACCUGUGGACUGCACCGCUACCGAACCGUUGCCACCCGUGAAAAACGGCGCUAGCGAGCGCUGCAUCACCGCGACUUUGCAGAUGGACAGAGCAGUGCAGGUGUCCUCACAAUUCUCGGUUUCGACAGUGGACAAACGAAAGUGGAGACGCAAAGAACGAGACUUAAACGAGCAUAUUGAGCGGCUCAAGAAUACCGUCGACAAUUAUAAACAAGAAAUACAAAAGCUCAAGGAAGAGUGCUUUGUUCAUGCAUUCCUCCAAGUUGUCGAGAAAGCGAAAGAGAAAGACUUGGCUGCGUCAGUAUUAGUAGAACAAGUUAAGAAUUUCGGGAAAAUGAAACCAACGUGGUCUGAUCUGUCAGUGCGCCAUGCUGUAGUUUUACGUAACCUCUCGACUCGCGCAUACGAGCACAUAAGGACUACAGGCAUUCUCCGGCUGCCCAGUCGAAGCACCCUGGAGCGUUUUAUGGGCGUGGCGAAGUCGGCGCGACGGAACUCGCGAAGCAAAGGCUGUCAACCGAGCUCGCUUCUCAUCCCUCAUCGCAAGCCAGAGCGUGCUCUUUAA